UGCCCUGUAUCUACAGCACCCACAUUUGCCUUGUAUCUACAGCACUGACCUAUGCCCUGUAUCCGUCCUGACCUAACCAUACCUCCAAAUCCAUACCUAUAACUUAGGUAUUACUGUCAAAUGGACAAAUCUUUCAAUAAUAUUAACUAUCCCUGAAAGACAAUUAGUGUAAAAUUACUGAAAACACAGUUAAUACUAAUAUCAGUAUUGUUACUAUUAUAUUAAUCAAAUAGACAGUACAGACCUCUGACCUGUAUCUACAGCACUAUAACAAUAGUAUCAUUAUUGUUACUGUUAUUUGAAUCAACUCAACUUUAUUUUCUUAAUAUUUCACCUUUCAUACACACAUGCAGCCCAAAGUGCUGAAUGAAGUAAACACUACAGACCUCGGACCUUUAUACAGCGCUGACCUUUGACUUGUAUACAAAAUUGGAAAACUAUCAUAUAUUUCAAAGUAAAUAAUAUCACAAUCCAAAACAUCAUGAAAAAUUACAUCAAUGAGGGUUGCAGCCAUAUAUUAUAAUCUACCACUUAACAAACUUAUUGACAGUCUUCAUUAAUUCCAUGAACAUUACAUAAUGUUUUCUUAAAUAGUGAUCAAGGUUUUCCCAGAGGAAAUGGUCCUCAUACAACACACUUACAUAAAUAGGUUGUUUAGAGAAGGCCUGAAGACUGUUGUGCUAGACAGAAAGGUUGUUAUUCUUAGUUAUCUGAUAUCUUCCUCAAGUUAUAUCAGUUAGUCAAAAAUGUAAAUGAUCCUAUUUGAAGGGUUCUCUAUUAAUGACACAAGAUCUGCAACUGAUACAUACAGAUGGAAAACUACACGUACAACAGCCUCACUCUGCAGCUCGAGGGGUUAAGGGUCACCAAGACUAACAAGUACCCCAUGUUCAUCUUUCUGCUUUUGAGCUACGUGUUCAUCUUGUUUGCCAACGUGGGCAUUGUGGUGCUGAUAUGGACGGAGAGAAGCCUCCACCAGCCGAUGUAUCUCCUCUUCUGUAACCUGUCCAUUAAUGAUGUUAUGGGAAACUCUCUCCUGGUUCCUCGGGUGCUCGCAGACAUCCACGUGCCUCCGUCAGAGCGCCUCAUUCACUACUACGAGUGUGUGAUGCAAGCUUUUACCGCACACAUGUUUGGCACUAACGCACACACAGUGCUCAUGAUUAUGGCCUUUGACAGAUAUGUGGCCAUCUGCAACCCACUGCGCUAUUCAACCAUAAUGAACCACAAAAUGGUGAUCAAGCUGACAGUUUCUGCCUGGGGAGUGGCGUUUGUUUUGGUCGGGAUUCUACUUGGUCUGACCAUACGGCUGAACCGAUGCAGGACUAUGAUCAUGAAUCCUUACUGUGACAAUCCCUCGCUGUUUAAACUCUCCUGUGAGAAUGUGUUCAUCAAUAACAUCUACGGCCUCACUUUCACCGUCGCCCUGCUCUCGUCCUCUAUUGGCAGUAUAAUUCUCACAUAUUAUAAAAUCACAGCAGCCUGUCUGAAUAGUAAGAGCAAGUCUUUGAAUAGUAAAGCCCUCAAGACCUGCAGCACUCACCUGUGUCUGUAUAUGAUCAUGUUAGUCAGUGGGUUUGUCCCCAUCGCCCUCCAUCGCUUCCCCCAGUAUGCAGAGUACAGGAAGAUUUCAGCUAUUCUCUUUAACAUUGUUCCCGGCAGCCUCAACCCCGUCAUCUACGGCCUUCAAUCCCAAGAAAUACACAAGUGUUUGUCAAAUAUAUUUCAUAUCAGAAAAGUUAAGCCGACAUUUGAUUUGUAAAUCUGAACUGGCUUUUUUUCCCAGCCUGACCUUAUUGGAAAAUACUCAAAUAAAUAAAGUUUUUGUCAAUCAUUUUCAUCAUUUUUGUUGUUUUAUUAGCAACUGUUGGAUACAAAAAGUAUGACUAUGUGGACAAAAUGUUGCAAUUAACAAACUGAAAGAGCUCAUUAAAACCAAAAUUUAGAUGAAAAACUGGGAUCUCUCCUCUGAUGUACAAAUAAGGAUAUUUUUAAUUAAAGAAUUAAUCAUU